AUGGGUCCUCGGCUAAACUUCAGCAGCACCUACUCUGAGGAUUUCAGUUACCCGGCUCGGGUCAAACCCAUUGGGCCCAGACCGUCCUCUGCAUAUCGCAGGAACAAUCCUCAUCCACGGCCGGACUUCCUGAUGCCACGAGCCCCGCAGACUGGAUACGGGUCACGGAAACACAGUCAAAGCACUUCUGUUUCUUUUCUACCUCCAGUCAGACACAUAUCUGUCCAGUAUCCAGAUGUGCAGACAGUACAUGGACAACCCAUACAGGGUUUACAAAAAGACUGUAAAGCGCCCGAGGUCUCGUCUGCAGUGUGUACACUGCCACCUGCUGCCAGACUUCUCAAACCACAACGCAACUUCAAUGCAAUAAUCACAAACGCACAAGGAAAAUAUUCAGACACAGAUCGUAUCAAAUCAGCUUGGAACCAGCAGAUGGAGAUCAAGCCAUCUUUAAAACCUUUCAAACACCAGAUUACCCAUCACAACAGAAGCUCACUCUCAAAAUCCGCAACUGACUGCAGUGAAGGGCACAGCUGUUUUCAUGUGGUGAAACCUUAUAAAGUGGGACACUACAUCAUCCACCCUCAGUUUGUGUCAGAAGCAAAGCACUUCUAAAAGCUACAGUGUUUUUGGAUUUUUUAAUACCCCUUUUCCAUUUAUUUUAAGUAUGAUAAUGUCAUUUUACAGAGGUAUGUUAUGUGUUUGGGA